AAUUAAUUUUUAAUGUACGAACAAGAACUUCCAUCCAGUUUAGAUGACUUUCCCAAUUACAAUCUUAAGCAAUCAGCUGAAUCCGAGAAGGUCGUUGUAGAUGAUGAUCAAAAGAAAAAAGCUGCCUAUCAAUUCAUGCAAUCAUUGGAAAAGAAUCUCAGAACCAAGAUCAGUAGUCCUCAACAAAGAGUGUAAACACUGGCUGUGUCUCUUGAGUUGUACGACACUGUUUUCAAUAAAAUUUAUUGCAAUACUCUUUAUAAGGUAACACUUUCAAUAUGAAAUCCCACAGGAAACCCUAUUCCCAUUGGCUGAGAGUUUGGAGGAGGCUUUCAAUGAUGAAUUUGAUUCGAUAACCAAAUUGCUCUUCAAUGAAAGCUGCUAUAGACAUGCAUUCUAAAGUGUGCAACAACAAUUCAAUUUGCAAACUUCAAUAGAGUCAUGGCAAAAUUACUAAUUGCUAUUUGCAGCACUACAAUAAAAGUAUACAAAAUGCUGAAUUAGGCAAAACAUUGAUCUUCCCCUACCUCCAAGUUGGAUUUGGGACAUCUUGGAUGAGUAUGUCUAUCAAUUUUAUGUGUCAUCCAGAUGGAGAAAAUUAUUGAAGAACGAGGAAAUUACUCAAUUGAAAAACAUACAAGACUAUUGGAAUCUGGAGGAGAUGCUCAAAACCUUGGAGGGAUUCUAUGCUCAACGAAAUAGUUCAGUCUAAAACACUUUUCAAUAUUUAGCCUUCUACUCAUAUUUAGCCACUGCCAAAUUACAUGUGAUGUCUGGCAAUUUUAAUGCGGCUUAUACUAUGUUGUCAUAGAUUCAACAUUCAGAAUUGAUUAUUUACAGCAAAUCUGGUGGAGCCUAUUAAUCAUUAUUCAGUUACACUGGAUUCUGUUUCUUAUUGAAUAAGGAAUAUAAGAAAGCUAAUCUUACCUUAACCUUGAUUGUUAAUUACUUCAAUAAAUAUAAAUAGUUAUAUACAAAAUCCUAUCAAUAUGAUAGUUUAAUCAAGCAACAUGAGAAAAUAUUGGCAUUGUUGGCUAUAACAUCUUUAUUUUACCCUGAAAUUGAAGACAAUAUCAUCACUCUCUUAAAGGAGAGCAGAAACAAACUGUUUGAGAAAUACGAGAAAAUGUUGAAAUAUGAUCAACAAAUCAUCGGAGAAGUCCUCCUAUAAUCUUGUCCCAAGAUAAUCAACACAAUCAAGAAUUUGAAGGAAUUCCAAAGCGAAUAGGAACUUAAUCCAAAUGAGAUAGUCAUAGAAAUGAAGGACAAGUUGUUGAAGGAAGUCCAGGAAGCCAAGAAAAUCAAUGAUGUUGAAUAAGUCUUACGUCUUUACAACCAAAUUACCUUCCAGCAUUUUAACAAAGUAAAUCUAAGGAUACAUCGAUUUAGUUGCUUCCUGAGAAGUAUGUCUCGUUGUACAUUGAGAGAAAUAACGCAGCUCUGAAUGACAAUGCAUUUGAAUCAAGUGUUCUUAGUAAGUUCUGGCAGAAAUCGAAGUUGUUGGAGAUUGAAAUCAAGAGUGAUAUCAUCCACGUCAAGGAAGUUCAAGUCAAUUAAGUACCUUAUAUAUGUAAUUAAACCCUUUUAGAGAGAUUUCAUUAAUUAAUUAGCUUACAUGAAUACGAAUCUUGAGAAGAGCAUUUUAGAGUUGAGUAGGAAUCUGUGAUAUUUGUUGUUGAAAG